AUGGGGAAAAAGAACGACUUCGAGGCCUCCGGCUGCGACAGCAAGAGGGUGCCGCUCCCCGUCACGCUGGGGAGGCUAAUGCACGGCAAUUGGUUGCCGUGCGAGUCCUGGUCCGGCGUGCAACUGCCUGGCGGCUGGCGGCUUAGCUGCUGCCGGGUGCCCAUCCGUCCAGUCCCUGCGCGCGAGCCUGACCGGACCGCGGAGAUCCGGCGAAGGAGGCGACGCACGCAGAGACCCCGCGCGCUCGCCGUCGCCGUCGUCCACGCCGUCGCGCGGCACGCCGUCGCCGUCGCAGCCUCGCCGUCAGCCGCCGCCCGCUGCCCGGCGCCGCGAGGUAAGUCCUUCGGCCCCUUCUUUCCCUUCCCCGCUCACACGCACGCCGACGCGGCCUCGCCGAUGCCGCCUCGCAGACGCCGCCUCGCCGAUGCCGCCUCGCCGACGCUGCCUCGCCGAUGCCGCCUCGCCGACGCCGCCUCGCCGACGCCGCCUCGCCGACGCCGCCUCGCCGAUGCCGCCUCGCCACGCUGUCGCAUACGCCGCAGACGCCCAGACGCCGACGCCGCCUCGCCAAUGCCGCCUGCUGGACGCCCACGCCCUUAG